GUCAGUAGAGCGGCUUAUUCGCUUACUCGUCAUCCGCAGAAGAAGAAACAGCAUCAGCGGUGUCGAAUCUUGUUCGGAGAAACAGCCGCAUUAACAAUGGAGGAAACCGCUAAAAAAGAGAAGAAACAGGCCGAAAUCACAGAGGAGAAAGACAAAAAACCUGCGGGAAAAGAGAAAGAGAAGAAAGAAGAGCAGGAGCUGUCAGAGGAGGACAAACAACUUCAGGAGGAGUUGGAGAUGCUCGUGGAGAGAUUGGGUGAAAAGGACACAUCUCUGUACCGUCCUGCUCUGGAAGAACUACGGCGUCAGAUUCGUUCAUCCACGACCUCCAUGACCUCUGUGCCUAAACCACUCAAGUUCCUGCGACCCCAUUAUGCCAAACUCAAAGAGAUUUACCAGAACAUGAGCGCAGGGGAGAACAAGCAUUUCUGUGCUGAUGUUGUCUCUGUGCUCGCUAUGGCAAUGAGCGAGAGUGUCUCAAAUAUCGUCUGCUGGGCUCACAGGAGGAGCUGGCAUCAUGGGGCCAUGAAUACGUCAGGCAUCUCGCGGGAGAGGUUGCGAAGGAAUGGCAGGAAAUUGAGGAAGGUGAUAAAGCGCAACAGGAAGUUUUAUUGAAACUUGUUAAAGAGAUUGUUCCCUAUAACAUGGCCCAUAAUGCCGAGCAUGAGGCCUGUGACCUCCUCAUGGAGAUCGAACGACUCGACAUGCUGGAAAUAUACAUUGAUGAAAACGCUUAUGCUAAAGUCUGUCUUUACCUGACCAGCUGUGUGAGUUAUGUCCCCGAGCCUGAAAACUCAGCUCUGUUGAAAUGUGCUCUCAAUAUCUUCCGCAAGUUUAACCGUUACCCAGAAGCCCUCAGACUGGCGCUGAUGCUCAAUGAUGUGGAGCUGGUGGAGAAUAUCUUCACAUCCUGCAAGGACAUUGUCAUUCAGAAACAGAUGGCAUUUAUGUUGGGUCGACAUGGCAUGUUCUUGGAGCUCAAUGAAGAUGUGGAGGAUUAUGAAGAUCUGACAGAGAUCAUGUCCAACGUGCAGCUCAACAGCAACUUUUUGGCACUGGCUAGAGAGGUACACAACCGUCCAGAGAUAUCACAAAACUAAUUGAAUAUAUGUUCUGGGUGAAAACAUUCAACUAUUAAUCUCCAUCUGGACAUGUGGUGGACAUAAAGUUCAUACUCGGAAGAACAAGCCAUUUAUACAUUUAAUCAUUUACUUUUACUAGUGUCUAUUUCUUUGUUACUAGUAACUAUUCAAUUAGAUACUAGUACUUGUUAAACUCAGACUGUUAAACUUA